AUGGCUUCCAUCGGCAGGGUUUUUCUACUCUGUCUUGCUCUUGCUCAGCUCCACACAGUAGUACUCUCUAGCACCCACCAUGCACCUGGUGGUGGUAACCUCACAGUCAUUCAUCACCUCCCCGUCCCGUUUCUUUGCCAUCCAGACCAAGCAAAGGCGCUCCUCCAGCUGAAGAAGUCAUUCUCCUUUGUUUAUUCUACAACCACGCUUUCGUCAUGGCGAGAUGGUAGCGACUGCUGUCUCUGGGAAGGUGUUGGCUGCGACUCCUCGUCUGGAAAUGUCACCAUCCUCGACCUCAACAAUCGUGGCUUGUUCAGUUAUGGCUUGGACCCUGAAGUCUUCAGCCUCACAUCCCUUCGUCGCCUUGAUCUUAGCAUGAACGAUUUCUCUGGAGAUUCAGUAGAACACGGCGUAUAUAUGGCUGACAGCAACAUCCCAGCUGGAUUAGAGAGGUUCACUUUGCUAACCCAUCUAAACCUUUCUAAUCUGGGCUUGCGUGGCCCGAUACCUAUUGGCGUCGGUGAACUCUUGAACCUUGUCUCCUUGGAUCUUUCCAGUUACUUUGUAUCUGAUGAAUACGACGACUCCUUUUUUUAUCUUUCUAACUAUCUGUGGGUACCCAGUUUUGAUACCCUAGUGGCAAACCUCAGAAAUCUAAGAGAGCUCUACCUUGAUGGAGUGGACUUCUAUCUUGUUCGAGAAGAGUGGUGCUCAUCUCUUGCUACAUACGUUCCUCAUCUUGAGGUACUCAGCUUGGCCAAUUGUGGCCUGACUGGUCCUGUUUGUACAUCACUGUUAGGACUCAGUUCUCUCGCUGUUCUCAACCUCCAAGAAAACGAGGGUAUAACUGCUGGUCCAUUUCCAGAGUUCUUAAUGGAUUUUCUCAAUCUAACUAUGCUUCAACUUUCUAAUGUCAACCUCGAGGGGUGGUUCCCCUCCAGACCCUUUCAAUCAAAAAAUCUAAGGGUUCUCGAUUUGUCCAGUAAUGAGAAUCUCUCAGGGCAUGUGCCAAACUUUUCUAAUGCAAGUUCUCUGGAGAGUUUGAUGCUAGAUGGGACCAACUUUUUGCCUGCCAAACCAACGUCUUCCAGCAACUUCAAGUCGUUGAAGGAGUUAGCGCUUGAUGGGAAUUCAGUAUCAGUGGAUUUCCUGUCUUCAUUUGGUACACUUGGGUCUUUAUGCCAGUUGGACCUCACGGUCAAGUCUAUCAGUGAGUUAGGAUCAACUUUCUCAUGCGACUUGAAGACCUUGAGAAGUUUAACAAUAGUUGAUCGCAAACUCCCUAGGCUAGUACUUCAUGCAGUUGGAAACAUCAUCAGCUUGCGAACACUUGAAAUGGAUAGCUGCACAACAUAUGGUUCCAUGCCGUCUUCUAUCGGUAACCUCACAAAUUUGAGGAACAUGCAUAUAAGUGAUUGUGGGUUUUCAGGGCCAUUACCGGCUGCAAUUGGCAGACUCACAAAUUUGAGAACCAUGUAUAUAGAUUACGGUGGGUUUUCAGGGCCAAUUCCAGCUACAAUUGGCAAGCUCACUAAUGUUGAAAGUAUGCACAUUUGUGCUGAGUUUUCUGGGCCAAUGCCAGCUACAAUUGGCAACCUCACAAACUUGAAAACUAUGUUUGUACAAGGUCAGUUUUCCGGGUCAAUGCCAGAUACAAUUGGCAACCUCACUCACUUGAACAGUAUGGAAUUUUAUGGUGAGUUUUCUGGGUCAUCGGUACCGCAUACAAUUGGGCAGCUCAGUCAAUUGGCGAGGUUAAAUAUUGGAGAUUCCAACUAUUCUGGAAGCAUACCGAGUUCAAUGGCAAAUUUGACUCAGUUAACAGAGCUGAUUCUUUCUUUUAAUUCUCUGAAUGGUAGCAAUACUAUCUCUUGA